AUGAGCGACCAGGAACUCUUCUUCGCCCUCCUCCGCGUCUCGGCCGCACAAGCGCUCCGCGCUGCCGGCCUCACAACCGCGAAGCCCUCGGUGCUGGACGCUGUCACUGACAUCCUCUCCCGCUACCUCACGCUCCUCGGCAGCACCACCCGCGACAUCGCCGAGUCCUCCGGGCGCACCCACGCCGAACUCCCCGACGUCCGUCUCGCACUAGAACACGUCGGCUUACUACGACCACUCAACAUCUUCUCGGACCGCGACGACGAGGACACGCGCGCUGUGGACGCCUUCGUGGAGUGGAUGAAGGGGGCACAGGCGGCCGAGAUGCGGCGCGUGGCGGGCUUUGGGGUGGCGGGCGAGGAGAACGUGGUGCUGGCGGCAGGGGCGGGGGCGGUGACGGGCGCGACGACGAUGCCGGCGGUGGCGGUGGGGGGCGCGACGUUGGAGAGUGGCGCGAGGGGGGAGGAGUGGGUUGCUGCGAUUAGGAAGGUUACGGAUAAGAGGCGGGCGGUGGGGACGCAGUAG